ACCCUUCACUGCCCUCUCUCUUCCCCGCAUCUUCUACAAAAAAAACCUAAACUCAUAAUUCGCUCUGAAACUCCAUUUUUAUACAGAAUAUAAGAGUGCUCUUCAUGAGAGUAUCUCUUCAUAUUUCAAACAGAGAAGAAAUAUAAAUAUUUUCCAAUCUUGAUCAAGAUUCAAACACCAGUUCUUGAUCAUUAUGUGUAAUCCAGACACUACCUCUACGACCACGACCAGUUUUUCUUCUUUAACUGUUCUUGUAACAGAGAAAAAACCGACACAGACACCACAGUCUGCUCAUCUUUACUUGGAUCUUGUUUCACUGCCAACUUCCAUUAAAGACCUAAAGAAUUUCAAAAUAAAACCGCCACCAAAUGAAGAAGAAAUAUACCCUUCUGCUUCAGAGAUUAUCUCUGAAACGAAGUCGCUGCUUAAGCUCGCGUUUCCGAUAGCUUUAACGGCUCUCAUUCUCUACUCUCGUUCGAUUCUCUCGAUGCUUUUCUUAGGCCAUCUCGGUGACCUAGAGCUGGCUGCCGGCUCUCUUGCGAUUGCGUUCGCGAACAUCACCGGAUAUUCUGUUCUUUCAGGGCUAGCUUCAGGUAUGGAGCCGCUCUGUUCGCAAGCCUUCGGUGCUCAACGUCCGAAGCUUCUGUCUCUAACGCUUCAUCGCUCGGUGAUUUUUCUUUUGGUUUCGUCGAUGCCCAUUUGUUUACUAUGGAUUAACAUAUCGAAAAUCCUGGUUUAUCUCCAUCAAGAUCCCAAUAUCACACGUCUUGCUCACACUUAUUUGCUCUUCUCUUUACCUGAUCUUUUAACAAACUCUUUUAUUCAUCCAAUUCGCAUUUACCUUCGCGCUCAAGGUAUCACCCACCCGCUAACGUUAGCGUCUCUCGCCGGAACGGCGCUGAAUUUACCGAUAAAUAUGUUGCUCGUCAACCAUUUACGCCUCGGGAUUGGUGGUAUAGCCGCCGCAGCAGCGGCGUCGAAUUUGUUUGUGCUGUUGUGUUUAGUUUUUUAUCUGUGGGUGUCUGGUUUAUGUGACGAGCCUACGUGGACUAAGCCGAGCCGAGAAUGUUUCAGCGGCUGGAAACCGCUAAUUAUGCUGGCUGCGCCGAGCUGUGUUUCAGUUUGUUUAGAGUGGUGGUGGUAUGAGAUUAUGAUCAUCUUAUGCGGGAUUUUAGCUGAUCCUAAAUCUACAGUUGCUGCCAUGGGUAUUUUGAUCCAAACGACGUCGUUGAUAUAUAUUUUCCCGAGCUCACUCGGGUUUGCCGUUUCGACUCGGGUGGGUAAUGAACUCGGGGCGAACCGUCCGCAUAAGGCGAAAUUAUCCACUGUGGUGGCGGUAUUUAUAUCAGCCAUUGUAGGAGUAAUAGCAUCAACGUUCGCAUCAGGAAUGAAGGACAGGUGGGGCCAGAUGUUCACAAGAGACGAAGAGAUCCUACGGCUGACAGCAGCUGCUUUGCCAAUCCUAGGGCUAUGCGAGCUUGGAAACUCGCCACAGACAGUUGGGUGUGGGGUCCUAAGAGGAAGCGCACGGCCAUGUAGUGCGGCUAACGUGAACCUGGGUGCGUUCUAUUUGGUGGGUAUGCCUGUGGCUAUUGGACUCGGGUUCUGGGUUGGGGUUGGGUUCUGUGGGCUAUGGCUCGGUCUGUUAUCGGCUCAGGUUUGCUGUGCUGGACUCAUGUUGUAUGUUGUGGGGUCCACAGAUUGGGAAUUUGAAGCUAAAAAAGCUCAGUUGUUAACGAAUAGCGAUUCUGAUAGAAAAUUAUUUAGUGAAGGCGACGAGGAACAGUCACAGACAUUAAUUUGCAUUGGUGAGGCUUUGCCUUGAUAAUCUUGAGGUUAUGGUCACUUGCAAUUGCAAUAUAUAUACUUUUUGCCCUUUUGGGUUUGUUUUGUAUUGUAAUUAUGAUUUUUUGGUGGAAUAUAAAUGAUAAAUUUUUGAA